CGUAUUUCAUAUUCAUGGAUUAGUUGUUUUUUUUGUUAGACUUUGCACAAACGUCAUCUCUAAACAACAAAACUUUAAUCCAGUUACUAGCUACACGAACGUGCUUGCAAAGUGGUUGAAAGGUGAUUGAUCAAUCAUGUAGAACUUGUAGUAGUGUGAGCGGAUUGAAGGAAGGUGAAAUGCACGGGAAAAAAUUGGAGCAUUUUGGUAUCGACGAGGGACCUGCAUUUGGCUUUCCCCAAUAUAUUUAAGACGGUGGUGAAUGGUCCCCGAUAACUUUUAUUCCGUUCCAUUUCGCCGUACAAAAUUGAUUUAUUCCGAAGCGACACUACCCCCGAGUUUUAGAUUAGUGUGUUAGUUUCACCCAUAUCCUUUUGUAUUCGCUACACGCAGCAGUUUACAUCAAUGUUGUGUAGUGGCAUAAAUAAAGUUUACGAUCUCAAUAAUUCCAGAUUUAUAGCUGUGUAGUUGCAGCUAGUUAAAAACAGUACCGGCACAAUAAAACAUAACAUGUCUGGUAAAAAUAAAUAAUACCUGGGUUGUUACAUGCACACUAAGGAAUGCGACAUCAGAUCAUCUGUGAUAGUGUCAGCCAGUGAUUGUUGCUUUGUUUGGUGUCAAAGGUUCAACUACCACAGAAUUGUCGGUCAUUUUGAUCAAGUUUCUGCUCAUCACAUACACACAUAUCUUUGGACCGACUUGAUUAAUAGUUCAUUAUUUUUCAUUUUGAAUAAAUAGAAGCAAGUAUGUAAGGAGAGUUAACGUUGCACUUGUGCUCAGAAUCCAAAUUUCAUAGCAGUAUUUGACAUCAGAGUAACUGGAUUUCAUUCAUUAUUUGUCCAAUUCAUUUAACACUUACUACACUAAAUGGUGACUGUAACGAACAACAGUUGUCUCACAACAUCACAGUGAAAUAUAAUUGGAAUUCUUUGGUGUUAUCAGUAUAGAUUGUUGCUUUAAUUUUUAGUGUUGAGUGUAAACUUCGCGUCCGUCCGUACCUUACAGUAUAUUCGUCACAUGUGAUAUCAUCCUUCCGCUGAUACAACAAUGAGGUCUGUUUUAAGUGGUUCAUACUCGGCCUUGAAUGACCAAGGGGGCAGUUCAGGAGAAAACGAUGUGUACAGAAGUACCACGAGGCCUUCCUUCGAUUACGUGAUGCCAACACCACGGCAGGAAAAGUUCAGUUUUUCGAAUUCCGUGAAGCGAAUUUUUCGUGGGGGAAAUUAUUCUGGGUCAGGAGCUCUCCGAGCUUCUCAGAGCGUGUUUGUUCUGCCUCAUAUUCAUGAAGACGCAACAUUAUUAGCUGCUCACGGUGCUGGAUCAAACUAUGAGAGAUUACUUCGAAGGGAUAACAAAGGACGUAGAAUGCCAACUUCAACAUCGAUGGAGGAGGCGGCCCUCCUUGGGUGCAACCCUUCGGAAAGUAUGGACGAGGUCGAGUUGAAGAACAUUCAGCUUUCAUUUCCAUCUACUCGGUCACUUGCACGUGGCGAGGGAAUUGCUUCUGAAGAACGGGUUGAGACCAAUUUAGGAUCGCUUCUCGUGGCUGUUCAAGGAGAUCGGUCCAAGCCUGCAAUCUUGACGUAUCAUGAUCUUGGCCUGAACUAUGUUUCCAACUAUCAAGCAUUUUUCAACUUUGUGGACAUGCGGCUUCUUCUGCAAAACUUUUGCGUCUACCACGUCAAUGCUCCGGGACAAGAAGAAAAUGCAACAACUCUUCCAGAAACAUAUGUCUACCCUACGAUGGACGAGUUGGCUGAACAGCUUUUGGAUGUAUUGGUCCAUUUUGGUCUGAAGCGAGUUGUAGGUUUCGGCGUUGGAGCUGGAGCUAACAUUCUCUGCCGAUUUGCAUUGUCUCAUCAGGAGAAAGUGGACGCUUUGUGCGUGUUGAACUGUAUUUCUACCCAGUCUGGCUGGAUCGAGUGGGGAUAUCAAAAAAUGAACUCGCGAAAUUUGAAAGCUAAGGGUGUCAUGACCCAGGGCGUGCUUGACUACCUAAUGUGGCAUCAUUUUGGAAAGGUCAAUGAAGAUCGAAACCACGAUUUGACCACCGUCUACCGCCAGUACUUUGAAUCGAAUGUCAACCCCACUAAUUUGGCAAUGUUCAUCGACAGCUACAUUCGCCGAACUGAUCUGAACAUUGAGAGAACGUUAGAUCCCAUGAGGAGGAAGGAAGUGCGCACCUUAAAAAUGGCACUUCUCAAUGUAACGGGAGCUUUCUCGCCACACGUUGAUGACACUGUAACCUUCAACGGGAGGCUCGACCCAGUCACGUCCACGUGGAUGAAGAUUCAAGACUGUGGAAUGGUGAUGGAAGAACAACCAGCCAAAUUGAGUGAAGCUUUUCGGUUAUUCCUGCAAGGACAAGGCUACGCUCUUAAGCUAUUUCGGAAGAACUCCUUGCCAGAAGUUCCCAGCUUGUCAAUGAAGAAAGUGUCUCAGCAUCGCAAAAUGUCAGUUGACAGCGGUGUGGGUGGAGUUGGUGAACAAUCGUCAGCGAGCUCUAACGCCUCCAUCAACAACGCAUCUGGAUCAAUUUCAAGUGGCAUUGUGACUCCGAAAGGAGACGCCAAUUCUACAACGGCUUUGAUCAAUCUCAAUUCGAACUCUUCUGUACACAGCAAAACCUCUGCAUUGGACAAGGCAAUCAGCGACAUUCGAAUCACCGAAAACCCUAUUUCUGAGAGCCCUGAACUCGCGGCCAGUAACGAGAAUCCUGUCUGCUAGGACUCGCACUUAAUUGGAAUUCUUGAAUGAACAACACUAAUUUUAGACAGAUUCCUGUUUUCCACAAACAAUACCAAAAUUCUGGGUCUGAGUGUUUUACUCUCUUUUUAGUCUACGUAUGUAGUCGUACUGUAUCUGCAGCAGAAGCAGCUAAAUUUUUAGUAAUGAACAAUUUGUACUGUCAUGAGUCUGUAAAUGUGUAGAGAAAGUUGUUGAAAAUGUUCCCCGUGUAUCGUAAAAUAACAAGCUGCGUUUCACUAGUAAUGACUUAUUGCUUUGUGGACUAGUAUGUACAUGAUGAGUCAUACAGUAAUUACUUGGCUUUUUUCAUAGCGAAUUUGGGUCUGAUUGUUUCUGACUUAAAUUUUGACCAUAUGCAUUUUAUUGAAGUAAAUAAUGGUAACUAACAAAGUAAAACAAACCAGUUUGGGAGCCCGGUUUUUGUGUAUAUGCAUUUUUAAUAAUAAUUGAAUAACUUAGUGUGCCUUUGCUAUCCUAAGAAAUAUAAUGUAAGAAAAAUGGUAACAAGCUUGAAUAAUUUUUAAUAUUUUAUUUUGAUCAUUUUUUUUUGCUGAGUGUAAACUUUUAUAUUUUCUCACUACUGAAAAAGUGUAAUGUUCACAAUUUUGUUGUAAGUAUUGGGAAAUGCACAAUGAAUUUAGGUUGGCCUUAUGUUUAUUAGAGUUCGUAAAUCGCAUUUAAAUAUCGUUCCAAAUGCCAUAGCUUGGGUUGUUUUAAUAUAUGUAAUUAAAUUUUAAGGAUUCCACACUUUAUACUAGAACUUUAUGUGUUUUAUUGGUAUGUAAUACCUCUUGUAGUUUUAUAAAAUGUUUGAUUAUACAAUAGUCCUCUCCUCCUCCUAGUCAAUCAUCAAACAAUGAAUAAAAAAAUAGACCAACCCA